AUGAAGCGUUUCUUGAACGAUUCAUUCCGGAAAGAGUCAGAUGCAAAGAUAUUAAAUGCUAUUACAUGCAGAAGAAAGCCGAGUUCAGCAUUUGCAGCUCUUCCUCCUCUGAGAGAAGUUAAUUCUAUCUCUCAACACCAAGGGAUCACAGAAGAAGAUGCACUGAAUGUAUACUUAGAAAAGUGUAGUGAACUCGAUAUUGAUACCCAUCCGAUCGCACAAAAGAGAUUUAUCGAACAAUUCAUGAAUGCUGUUGGAAACAAGUGUUUAAAUUUCUCAGCUUUGGGAUUAGGAGAAAGUUCAGUUGUUCCUAUUGUCCGUUUGAUACUUCAAAACCCAAAUUAUUCAGUUCUAGAUUUAUCACAGAAUAAAAUCGGAGAAAAGGGAGCACAGUGCAUCGGACAGUUAUUAAUUAAUGAUACACAACUUAUUAGUCUUGAUUUGCGUUCAAACAAUUUAUCUCCAACAGCCUUGACUCAUAUCUUCAGAGGUCUGAAAAGAAAUACACAUUUAGUAUCUUUAGAUCUUAGUGCAGUUGAUAGUGUUAGCAGAAAUCGUGUAGGUGGCGAAACUAUCAAAGAUCUUGCAAAAUUACUUGCAUUUAAUACUACUUUAUCAUCGUUAAAUAUUGCAACAUGCGGUAUAUCAGGUGAGGCAUUCAAACUAAUUGGAGAAGCGUUAACUUACAAUAAAGGAUUAGAUUAUUUAAAUCUUUCGGAAAAUAGAUUGAAAUUCAACGGAGUUACAGCAUUAUUUACUCGAGACAGAUCUAUGGCUAACAUUACUACGCUUGUUUUAUCUUCUACUUCCAUUCCAGAUUCAUCUUCAUCAAUUUUAUGCGACAGAAUAGCGAAAUCACCAAGUUUACGCACAAUAGAUCUUUCAAAUAACACAUUGGGCAAGAAAUUUAUUAACGAUCUUUACAAAGCAUUGCAAAAUGGCUCCAAAUUACAAAAAAUCAUACUUUCCAACAACAGAAUUGACUCUUCAUGCAGUUCCAACUUAUAUUUAAUGCUAAGGAACACAUCCUCCAUCGAAUCAUUGAAUUUAAGUGGAAAUCCACUUGGAGAUGACACAAUUAAGAUGCUUGGAUCGGCAAUUGUUGAAAGUCAGAGCAUAAAACACCUCAAUUUAACAAAUGUGAUGUGUGCAGAUACAGGAGCAAUUGCUCUUGGCGAUGCUUUGGCCAAAUCAAAAUUAUUAACAAGAUUAAAUUUGACGGACAACAAAAUUGGCGAUGAUGGAGGUGUUGCCAUCACUAAAGGACUCAUGAAGAAUACAACGAUGAUCUCUAUAAGCCUCAGAUCCAAUAGAAUGAAAGAUCUCGCAAUUGCUCAUUUCGUAGAGCUCCUAAAUACGAACAAAACCCUUCAAGACGUCGACCUGAACAUGAAUGACUUCUCGUACAAAGCGCAGAGAGCUCUAAAAGAGACACAACAGCGAAGAAACACAAAUAUGAACGGUUGUGCUGUAGAAAUUGCAGAAGAUGAAUUAAACAGACUCCAAGGACGAAGAAAAGACUACUACGAGCUUUGCAAACGCGUAAAAGAGGAAAACGCACAAGUAGAAGAAGCCAGAGAAAUAUUAGCUCAAAAAAAGAAAGAACUAGAAAAUGUAAGAGAAAGAGCAAAAAAUACCAAAAAAGAAAGUGAUGAAAAGUAUCAAUUACUUAAGAUUGAACAUGAGAAAGUUGCUGGAGAACGAAGAGACAUCAUGCAGAAGAUGGGAGAACUGAAAACAAUCAUUGAAAAGGAACACAAUGAAAUGCAGAAACAACUGAAUGAACUUGAAGUCAAAAACAAUUUCCAAGAGAAACAUGUACAAAGAAAUGAAGGAAUAAUGAAUGAAGUGAAGUUCCAAGUUGGUUCAAGUGUUGGAGAUUUGAAAGAUCAAUUCGAAAACAUGAGAGAUCAGUUGGACCAACUCAUUCAGGAAGCAACUCACAUCAAGAACAGGAUGAAGAAGAAACAGGAAGAAGCAGAAGCAGCGGAAAGGAAGAAACAAGAAGAAGAGGAAGCUGCAAAGAAAGAAGCGGAAAGACUGGAGAAAGAAGCAAAAAAGAAGAAAGAAGAAGAGGAAGAAUCUUCAAAGAUGCUGACAAUUGAUGAAUUAAGAAAAAUGGCCCAACAAAAACAAAAGAAGAAGAAAUCUAAGAAAUAA